AUGGCGUCUUCAAACCGUACACAAGGAGAGCAACCUUGGUAUAUAGCCCUUGUCGGUCUUGCUGAGCAUUUUAGGACUUCAAAUCCACCAAACAUCAGAUUAUGUAUUCACUGCCUGCAGUCGGUAUUUAACUUUAAUCCUCUGCCCCAUGUAGUAGAAGCACGGACUCAUCUGCAGCUUGGUAACAUUCUCUUGACGCACGCAAAAAAUACGGAUAUAGCCAGAACACAUCUGGAAAAAGCGUGGUCCAUUUCUUUAACUAUUCCCCAUAUUGACGAUGUUCGGUUUGAAUCGGCAAGUGUUCUGGCUCAGAUGUACACAGAGAAACAGAAUCAGUUGCACCUGGCAAAACCAAUCUUACUUCAGGGCAUUGAGCUGUCGCAACAAGCACCCUAUUGGCAUUGUCGCCUUUUGUUCCAGCUUGCGCAACUACAUUCUGCAGAGAAAGAUUGGGUGUCUGCGAUGAAUGUGAUGGGAGUAGGGACAGACUAUGCACUGUCUGUAAGAUCUGAGUACACACGUCUCCUUUUUAUGCUGAGCAGAGGAAUGAUUGGUCUCAUAAGCAAAAACAUUCCAAGUGUGCACGAUGCCAUGACUCAAGCUGGACAUCUUAUUGAAACUUUUUCGGGUAAUCCACUUCAUAAAGAAUACCUGAAAGUAUUUUUCCUUGUUCUUCAAGUUUGCCAUUAUCUUAUGGCUGGACAGGUGAAAAGUGUAAAACCAGUACUGAAACAACUGCAGCAGAGCAUACAGACCAUAGCUCAUAACCAUUCAGAUGAUGAGCCAGUGGUAUCCAAUGCAGCAGAAAUGUUUCAGUGGUUGCCAAAAGAACACAUGUGCAUCUUGGUUUACCUGGUUACUGUCAUGCACUCAAUGCAGGCUGGAUACAUGGACAAGGCACAGAAGUACACAGACAAGGCUUUAAUGCAGAUAGAAAAACUCAAAUUUAUGGACAGCAAUCCUUUGUUGUCAUCAUUUCAACUCAUGCUUCUGGAACACAUCAUCAUGUGUCGUCUCAUUAUGGGCAACAAAUCCAAUGCAAUUCAUGAGAUUUUCCAAGCAUGUUACGUUUGCCAGCAACAACCUAGAUUGUUCACCACUCACGGGGCACAGAUUCAUACACUAAUUGGUCUGUAUGCAAUGUCUAUGAACUGUAUGGAAGCAGCAGAAGCUCAAUUUAAAACAGCUUUAAAG